CAAAACUCCACCAAAAUCACCCACGUGAGCUACAAAUCUUCUCCACAAUAUUCUACUUACAUAUAUUGACUGAUUGUUUGGUUAUUUUGUGAAGUUUUCCAUUCAUUUAAAGCUCUUCUCAUUUUUUGCUUUUGUUUAAAGGAAAUGAAAGAAAUGAAAAGUGGAUUAACAAAACAUUAUGGUGCGAAUUUCGUCUCGUCUCUUCAAAAAGCCAAUUCUGAACAAAAUUCAAAACAAUAUCGAUGGUUAGAACAAUGCUAUGAAAUAGUUAUAUCUGCGAAAAUCGAUAAUAAUAAUAAUAAUAAUAGUGGUGAUAUACCAGUUAUUCCAAUCGAUGGAGGUUCAGAUGCUGGUAUGUUUUGUGUAGUCGGCGCUCAAUUCGAUCCAUCUCGUAUUAUUUAUCAUCGCUCUACUACCAUUUCUAAUAAUAAUGAUAAUACUAAUAUCAAUAAUUCGAAAUCAAUGGAACCGGGUGAUAUAAUCUUAGCUGUUGAUGGUUAUGAACUCUCAGGUUAUACGAAACGUGAUGCUAUUACAUUAUGUAAUGCUUGUCUACAAUCUCAUUCACAUGUUCGAUUGCAUCUUAGUCCACCUCAUGCAUUAGUCACAAGUAGUACAAUGUUGUCAAGCUUUUUGGCCAUUUCAUUUGCAAUGGACUCAUCAGAGUAUGCCCUUCAAGAAAAAAUUCGAGAGAAUGUUUACCAACGUGUAGUACCUUGUAAGUAAACAUUAAAAAAAACUUUUUGAUAGUGGGAAAUUUUUUAUCCUAUCACUCCUGUUUUUUUUAUACUAUCGUACACAUUUCGUUUAUUUUGGAUUCCAGUUCUGAAAAUUGCUGCAACCUAAACCGCUUCCUCAAUUCACCUUCAAAGUUCUUUGUUCUUUUAUACGGUUGGUGAUUGACAGUUAAUUAUGAAUCUUAUUUAAAUAUUUUCGUAUAUUCUCUUAUUAUUAGGUACAACUAGAUUACCCAGAGCAGAAGAAGUAGAUGGAGUUCAUUAUCGUUUUAUGAAUGUACCUCAAUUUCUUGCACUUGAACGUAGUGGACAAUUAUUAGAAAGUGGAAUGUAUAAAGAACAAUUCCAAUUAUCCUCUACAGACAUUUCACAAAUCAGUGAUGAUGCAUGUAGGAUCCCACCGCCAUUGGCACCACUAAGCUCAUUUAAUACAUUUGCAAUGCAUGCUACCACUACUGCUUCGGGGACUAAUGGCAGUAACAUUACUACUACUAGUAGUAGUAGUAGCAGUAAUAAUAACUCUAGUAUUGGUGUAAAAUUAAAUGAUCCAUUACAACAAUUACCAACAUGUUCUCCACCACCGCCUCCACCAAUUCGCAAUUCAUCAAUUACAAAAAAUUCUAAUAUUGUCUGUAAUACUAAUAAUAUUAAUAUUAAUCAUGGUAAAGCAUCGACUAAUCUGUUAACUUUAUGCACAACUGAAAAUUAUCUGACAAAAACAAUCGAUAACAACAAUAACAAUACACAGUUAAAUGGAUUAAAUGAAUUGAAUGGUAAAUUGUACCUACCACGUCCAAAAUUUUCGAAUGAUGAAGCUAGUCUAUGGUCACCCAGUGAAAUACAUCUAGUGGAUGACCAUAAAACAACCGCGUUGUCCACAGCAUCAACAACAAUGUCAGUUGCUGCCAGUACUAUUACUAUUACAACUACUACCAAUACUAAUACUACUAAUAUGAAUACCACUACUAUGUCUAACCAUGUCAAUACGUCGAUGACCAAUGGUUGUUCACUCAUUGAAAGUUUCUGUGAUCAAACAGCUUAUUCAGUGGAUAAAUUAGAUCAAAUUGGUGAACAUGUAUUACCAUAUGGUUGGGAAAUUGUGCAAGAUAUAAAAUAUGGUACAUUUUACAUUGAUCAUAUUAAUAAACAUACACAAUAUGAACCGCCAACAGUUGAAGAUUUUCAAUUAGGUGAAAAAGUACGCAUGAAGUAUUUAUCACAAUUUGAUACAAUUCAUCAUAAAACUAACAAUAAUAAUCAUAAUAUCAUCAAAAAUGUAAAUAAUGAUGUUAACGCCAAUAAUAAUCAUGAUGAUAGUCAGAAUGAAUUAGGCUCAUCAUCCAUUAAUGAUAAUGGACGUAUAACUCCUGUGACAUUUUGUUCCGAUUUAAAACAAUUACGAGGUCCACUGAUUAAUACAGUUUUAGUGAAAAGUCCACGUGGUUUUGGAUUUACAAUUAUCGGUGGUUCCGAUUGUAAUCGGUCGGCAUUUUUACAAGUGAAACAUCUUGUCCCAGGUGGUCCAGCUUCAUUGAAUAGCCAAUUAGCUGUUGGUGAUGUUAUGGUUAGCGUGAAUGGGACAAAUGUUCUCGGUUAUACACAUUCUCAAUUGGUAUCAUUAUUCCAGUCAAUCCCAGUUGGGGCUAGUAUUAAUUUACUAGUGUCGCAAGGUUAUCGAUUACGGAGAGAAAUUGGUGGUGAUCCACCAACACAUUUUAAUGGUUCAGUAUCCGGUAAUCAUCUUGGUGCGACAGGUUUUGUAUCCGGUGUGAUUGAUAUUUCUGCUCAGAAAUCCAUUGUAUUCCAUACAGCAUUCAGCAUCAUAAAUUCGUUUUCUUCAACGUGAAUUCAUACAAUGAAACUCUGCCGUAUAUCUUACGCUAAACGAACUAACGAUAAUAUAAAGAAAUAGAAAAAGGGAUGACAAGUCAUGAAUUGUUUAAGAGUAUAGUUUUAAAAUCGAUUUCAUCCAUUUCAAAGAAUACAAAGACAGUUCACAACACAAUCAUCACUAAUCUCUGCUAGAACAUAGCUCCCACUCAUUUCUACAGUUUUUCAAUGAACAAAUCCACAAGGUCCUGUUAAGUCUGCGCGUUUUAUUUCAACAUAACUAUCCCUGAUUCUAUGUUUUCAAAACUAACCACCAUAAUAAGCGAGCAAAAGGGAUUAUGAAAGUCUAUAGGACCGUAUACAUAUAAUUCACCAAGCAAUUUUUCGAGAGGACUACCCUCGAAUCUGUAAGUUUAAUUGUCGGAACAGUUUAGAGAUGUCAGGAAACUCUGUUCGUACUUCAUUUGAUGCUUCAGGUUCAUUGAUUCUUUGUUCACUAUAAAUCUAAAAGAAGUUUGUGUAACUUUUUAAAGUCAACACUAUAAUUAUCAGCCUGCUUUCAUUCCUAGGCAUUUUCUUCACCCCCUUCCUUUUUACCAACAUAUCUCUGCCAUUUAAAAGCCAUGGAUUAAAUAUCUUUGAAAAAUGUUUGAAACUGACGGCCAUAUGAGAGACCAUUACAAGUGAGAGUAAAUUCCUCUUACUGAAAAUUUAUUUAUUAUUUGCAGGUGAUACAAAGUGUCAUUCUCCACACUGUGUGACUGCACCACAAUUGACUAACUCAUUUUGUUUCAUAUCAUUGGCUUUAUUAUCUGUGUUUCCCUGCUUUAUUCUACAAAUGAAGCCACAGAAUUCGAUCUCUAGUAAUCAGUUUGUUAACUGCACAGAGCGUUUUCUGAAUUUAUAUAUAUAUAUAUACUCGUCUUUUAUAAUUUGAUCGUAAUUCAGAUAUUUGUCUUUCUAACUAUCUCUUACCAUUUCCUUCUAUUCAAUUGUGCUUUGGUCUUAGUAUCACUGUUUUUUUUUUCACGUAUUGUCAAAUAUUUACUUUUCUUCCCCCACCCUUUACCUGUAGAAUACUUUAAACAAUCUGAAACUUGGUGAGGAUACGUUAGAUAAUCUACCAUUGACGGAGUUACGUCUAGUUAAUUCAUCGAGGAAUUCCGGUGUAAUCUCUUCUCAUUCUUCGAUUUCACCAACACCACCUCCAUCAGCAUCGUCAUCGUCUAAUAAUGGUAAUUCAUCUCAAGAGCUACUUGCAGUACGUUCUAGUCCGUCUAAUUUAAAUGGUGGUAGCUGUGUUGGAAAGUUGCGUAAUUCACAAAGACCGGAAUUUUUAAAGCUGAUCAUAUCCAAGGUCAACAUGUGAAAGCUAUCUCAGAUCCAGUAAGAUGUGGUCGCUUACGUGUUGGUGAUGUCAUUGUAGAAAUUAAUGAUCAACGUGUAAAAGAUAUGCCACAUGUGGAAGUAGUUCAAAUAUUGAAACAAUGUCCAGUUGGUAAAGAAGCAAGAUUACUUGUUCAACGUGGUGGUUUGUAUACCUCCCCGUUAUCAUUACUGGAUACUGAAUUGCUUGAAAUGAAUUCAUUGAAUUUCAAUGAACAGCGUUAUCGUGGGAACAUAGCUAAUCAUCAGUAUAUAAAUGGUAAGUUUAUGUUCUUUUUCUAAAUUCUUUCAUACAUAAACUUGUGUACGAAGCUAAAACUAAACGCUUAGGAUAAUGUAAUGUAAGAAGUUUGCAAAGUAUUUCAUAAAAUCCAUAUUACUUGUCCAUAUGAUGAGAUUAGCUUAGUUUUCAUCUCCUACUACACUGUAUACAACAACCAUUUAUCCCCUUCCUGGUGGUCUUUUUCAAUCCAAAAGUAUAAAAAUAUCUGCCUGGUGAAGUUUAAUAAGGGAAAUUAUGGAAGAUUGAUUCAAGCAAACAACGAUUAUGUCCUUAAAAGUGGAAUAAAAAAAUUAGCAUACAUUUAGGAAAGUAACGAAUCAAUAGUAGGAGAGCAUGUUUGGUUGUUACAAGAAUGAAGGGCAUUCAACCUGGGAUAAUCUUGGAGAACAAAAACACAACUUUCAGAUUUUCCAUUAAAAAGACAACGAAGUAGUAGGAGUAUGUUCAGUGGAUUUAAGAUCCUUCACAGAAAUAUCAAAAGAUGGCUACUCACAUAGAUCUGAAACCACACAAUAGGAUUUUUCCUCAUGUCACUUUGAAGUUAAGUUGAAUCGGGAGAAGGUUUCUUAAGUCUGAAGACGUCAGUUGUUAAGUCUGAUAGUUGAAUUAAACGAUAAUACUUCAUUACAAUCUAUUAUUUUAACUGGCGUGUGUGUUAUAAAUCAUAGCGAAGACAGCCAGUUUGAAAUAUCACACGGAUGAUUGUUAUCAUGUUUGUUAUGAUGACAAUCUGAAUUGAAUCCCUUUAGGAAAUUAAGUUGUUGUUGUUGUUGUUAUGAAGAUUUGGAUGGUGGCUAGCUGUUGAAUUCAGGACGCGUAUUUCGUCUUACUUGGGACUCACCAGUUGAAUGUGCCUGCAUCGCAAAUCCGACGUCAACUCUGGGACUCAAACCCAUUACUGUUCGCCUCAAAUACUAUUCUGUCCUCCACUUAGGUACUGGCUUGUUGUUUUUUCUUUCGCCUUGAAAUAUUAUACUUUUAUUCUGUAUGUUUUUGUCGUCGUCACUUGUACUACGCCAAAUAAUAAACAUACAAACAUACAUAAAACAGCUUAAUAUAUAGAUCAUUAAGUAGUGUACUCAUCUAAAAAUUGUCAUAUUGUUUGCGUGUUUUUUUACUUAAAAUGAGUUUGUUUACUUAUCAAGAUAAUGUUAUCGUAAAUAAAUGUGCUUUUGGUCAUAGAUUUAUUGUACUAAGUUUCAAGAAAUAGUUAAGAGUUUAUUAACACGCAUUUUAGUCUACAUUUAAUAGUGUCUUUCAGUGAAAAAUUCAUAUUGGAUAAAUGUUUUAUGCAUUAAGCAGAUACCUGAUCACACAUUGUUAACAGCACCUCAAACGUGAAAAUAAUCAUCGUCUAUUUCUUUCUUUAGUACUCCUAGAACCAUAGCCUACUGGUUUAAGGAUUUAUCUUCCAAUCAUUAGGUGUCAGGUUCACAUUCAGCUCAAUUAACCUCGGUUUGGGCAACCAGUUAGUAUCAUUAAUCCUGAUAUAAAGAGGACGUUUUAAAGCAACAUUGAUAAAACUAUACUUAACAGUGAUAUUCAAAUUCCUGACUACAAUCUGAUAAAUUUACUUUAAACACUCAGACCCGAACUUCCUAACCGCUUUCUAGUUCACUGAAAUCUUGCACCAUUGAACCCUAAACAGAAAAAAUGAGCAUGAGGUGUGUGAGAAGCGUUGCUUCAAAGACUAACUUGUAUACAGAAAACAAGGGCAUUUGUAGUAUUUUAUGUGACCUUAGCAAUACAAUCCCCCGUCUUCUAGAAUUUUCUUAGAGAUUUCCAAGCAACAUGGAUUAGCCAAAGUAUUUUCAACAUUUCCCCAACCUUUCAAGACUUUUGGGGAAUUAUCUAGGUUUGUCUAACAUGAUAUCUUUGAUUAUUCUUUAUACAAGGGUUACAUCUUAAAUUCCCUGUUUACUUGUAUCAUUUUUCAGUUAUCGUAAACGUUAGUUCUCAUUUUCAAAUUCGUUUUCAUCAAAAAAUGACUACUGUUUUAUCAUAGUUUACGACUACUUAACCCAUGGUUUAGUGGUUAAAACUUUCGGCUUUUAACUACCAGGUCCUACUUUUGGGUUUUGCUCCACCUGCUUAGAUUUGGCUAGUCAUUAUUUUCAUUACCCUUUUACACACUAACUGUGGUUCAAAACCAUGUACACGGAAAUGUUUUUGCAGUAGAACUCAAGCACAUUCAGGUUUCAUGUUAACCCAGUCACAUUGAGCUAGUAUCCAGUAAUUCGUACUAUUGACUGCAGUUAUUCACACCUAUUGUUUCAUACAAAUCUUCAAAAACAACUACUAAUCACAAUGUUCAUUACUUUAUUAAUAAUGUGUUCUCUGAACUAAACCGAUUAAUUAUGGAGCUUUCAUUUUCGUACUUUACAACCUAGUAGUCAGUGUCAGAUACACACUUCUAUGUAGAAUCAGCACUGACGAUCUUAUCCAGAACGAGAAUAAAAACUUUUUAAUUAGACCAUUUGCCUAUGAAAUCAUAUCACAGAAAGCAUCCAACUAAUCUACAAGUUAUCUUCAUCAUUUCAAUAUUGAUUAUUUUCUGUAUUUUUAUCUAUUUUUACUACCUAUCCAUUUUUUUUCUUUAUCUUUUUCUCUUAU